UCUUCUAAAGCAGCAUGGCGAACUUGGAGCACGCUGAAGACGACAAGUAGGGCGUGAAGAUGUCCAGCGAAAUCACCGCUGCUUGCCCUCAAGUCCCACCGGUGGGGCUACAGGGGAAUCCGGUCAUGCACGCGGGCGUGUUGCCGUGCGCCGUCCCGUCCUUCGCUGACGCGUCUAAACUGCUGUCAGCGCCGUACUCGUGUUUGGUCAUGCACACGCACCGAAAACACGUCGCGCUGCCGCCGAUGUACCUGAAGAAGAAGAGGACCGGGAUAGAGGAAGAGCUGGGGUCAGAGCUGCUCAAGUUUUCUCAGAGCUUUAACGGAGUGCCACUUGCUUAUGACGAUGUCCGUAUCGUGGGGCCACAUGGAGACAUUCACGACGAUAGUGGCUACAUCCACAUGGACAUCGAGGCCAACUUUAUUCUGUUCCGACCUCAGAGAGGACAGAAGCUUGUGGGUAAAGUCAAUAAAUUGGGUGAAAGUCACGUCGGGUGUCUGGUGCACAGCUGCUUCAACGCCAGCAUUCUGAAACCCAGACCGGUGCCGCUGCAGACGUGGUUGGAUUUUGGACCUAAGAUCGGAGAUGAGUUGGAGUUUGAUGUGACUGCACUUGAUGCGGAUACUGCUGGAGUUCUGCUCAUCAGAGGGAAAUUACACAGCACCAGGGUUCAGGAGCUGAUGGCUCUGGGUGAGAGUUCGCAGUCCAACGCGGACCAAGCAGAACCAGAAUCCGAGCCAGAGUCAGAACAAACAACUGUAACGGCACAUGACUCCACUGAUAAUACCCUGAAAAAGGAAUUCAAAGAAGAGGACAGCGAGGUGGUUAUAGCCUCUUCUCAAGACGAGAACACAGUUCCAGAACUGAACGGAACGGAUGAAACAAAUGGCAAUGAUCUUAGUGGAAAAAAGAAGAAGAAGAAAAAAAAGAAGGAAAAAGAGGUGAAGGCAGAACCGGAGGACGACUCCCCCAGCAACUCCAGUGGUUACCGUAGCGACAAGCCCAGUAAAAAGAGAAAACAUGAUGUUUCGAUGGAUAUAAAUGAAGUGGACGAUCCACCAAAGUCGAAGAAGAAAAAGAAGAAACAUGAUAUAUAAUUAAAUUAUGAUAUUCCUGCUACCUCUUUUGCAACCGAGUGGGCACGGUGUAGCUGUAGUUCCACGUUUCCACCUGAAGAGGGCGCGACAUCUCUUCAGAUGGCUUCCUAACUCUGACACCCAAGUUCCACCACAAGUGCGUUUUAAUCUUUUUUUUUUCUGAAACACUCUUUGACAACUGUGACCAUCACUCUGGAGAAAUCAUCUAUUUUUAUAUCAGCGGAGGAGGUUUCUGCAUCACUUGUUGGCUCAGAUUAGAGGGUCAUGUACGAAAUAGUGCCUGAAUAAAAUACAUGUUUUACACUGACACGUAUUCUCCUGUCGACCAAGCAUCGUCUUACUCAGUCCUGAAUCCUCUCAUGUAAAAGCUCUUCAGAAGAGGGUUGUUGUCUUUAGCCCCCUCCUCCCCAUCCUGCUCUCACAUCUCGCUGUUGGCCAGUGGGGAGUCUCAUUAGCUGUGAGGUGUGAAGAGAGCUUAUCAGCUGCUGCUCCAACACAGGAGAUAAGGUGCAGCAACUGCUCUCAUCCCACCUCGUCCUCUUUUAUCAGGUGCGCUGGCAGUGUGGGGCUGCGCGAAACACCUCACACUUGAAUUCUGAUGGACCCCAGUCUGCUGAAAAUGUUAUUUAAAAAAAGAAACAAAACACUGUUGUCUCUUUGUUAAUAGCUGUAUAAAAGUGACAGAAAUAGCAUGACAAAGCAAAGAAGUCUAUAUAAAAUUAUAUAAAAAAGGUUUAUAUAUUAUGUAAUGGUGGAACUUCAACAAGUUAAUUAUGAUUAUUACGAUUAAUUACAACAAAAUGUAAUUUAAUUUAACAGUUUGCUCUCCAGGGAACCUUUGUAAGUGCAGCAGUUCCUGGUCCACUGAUCACACUGAUGCACAAGACACGUGGCAGCUAGGAUGAUGACAACAACAACAACAAACAUGGAGGAAUCCCUGAACAAAAGCAAGCAAAAGCAUCUGUUUGCUUUUGUUCAGGGAGGUUUUUCACAACACAAUGACCAGGGUUUCCACUACUCUGAAUGUAUUUGAAAUUCUUAUAACAUUGAAAUUCUCAUUCAAAUAUUUUCAAGACAUGAAAAGAGCUUUAGUUUAAAUAACGUGAUAUAAAAACUGGAUUAUAGUCACCAUCGUGAUUUAUUGUGCUAUUGUCAA